GUUGUGAACUUAAACACAGGAUUUAUUUUCUUUUUUCCACCUCAGAUUAUUUUGGGUGUACUUUAGACAAACACGGAUGGCUACCAAGGGCUGCGUGAGGUCAGAUGAAAGCCUGAUGAUGAUGCAGGAGCUUGAUGACCGGCUGAAAGAGCAGAUUGACAAACUGGAGCAUGUACGCCUUGCUGCCGUUGAACUGAAGGACAACUUGUCUGAGUGCGACGAUGAUCUAACCCUGUCUAUUGCUGACCAUCUGGAAUGGUUGAAUCACUUGUCAGAACGAGUAGAAACUCUUCACAUGAACACAACUGUUUUUGUUCAGAUGAAUCCCAAGCCUCGUGCAUGGGCAGGGAAACAAGGUUCCAAGCAUGGCUACCGCUGGACACGUCUUCACCAGGCUGAGGAUGCCCAGUCCGAGUUCGGGUGGUCUCCCAUCCGCACACGACGCAAUAGCGAUGCAGCCUCUGAAAUGUCUUGUAACUGGUGACCUGGUAGACUGUGGCUAAUAUACCAAAACAUUGUACAGCUCGCUUCCACCAUGUUUAGGAUUGAAAUUAAAGUCUUUGCACAUUUUAUUUUUCUAUCAGUACAUUUUCACUUAUCAUGCUAAGUUUUACAUGUAAUUUAGGACUUCACAGUUUUCUAUGCCCUGUGAAAAGUAAAAUAAUUUCUAAUAAAUUCAUAUGUAGGCAAUUUGUUACAGUUUACAGUUUAGUAACUUAAGUAUGGACUUUUGUAAGUUUGUGUCCUUUGUUCUCAAAAUGUAUGUCCCCCUGUCUGUGUAUCAGGCAUUCUGUGUUGAAAACGUCGAUGUGGAUGUAGGUCAGUAUGCUCCUCCGGCAGAGGGCGCUGCUCCAACUCCUACAUUAUGUCAUUGUUAACCACACAGUUUUAAAUAAAGCUUUGGCAGAGCGCGUGGGUGGUAAUUCUGGAAGGAGCGUAUGAUUUGCUAAAGUAGCAUUACAUUCUUUGAAAGGAUCAUUUUGAACGCACCGAGUUAAACUUAUUUUUUUAUCUAUAUUAACCUUUACGGGUAUCGAGUGAACCCCAGAAAACAUGGCUGAAAGCGACUGGGAUACCGUUACUGUCUUGAGGAAGAAGGGGCCCACUGCUGCCCAGGCCAAAUCCAAGCAGGCUAUCACGGCUGCUCAGAGACGUGGGGAGGACGUUGAGACAACCAAGAAAUGGUCUGCAGGACAAAACAAACAGCAUCUUGUGACAAAGAACACAGCCAAAUUGGACCGGGAAACAGAGGAGCUGCACCAUGACAGAGUUACCCUGGAGGUGGGCAAGGUCAUCCAGCAAGGCAGACAGGAUAAAGGCUUGACCCAGAAAGACCUGGCCACUAAAAUUAAUGAGAAGCCUCAAGUCAUCGCAGACUAUGAGUGCGGGAGAGCAAUUCCCAACAACCAGGUCAUGGGCAAGAUAGAGAGAGCAAUUGGGCUGAAACUGCGUGGGAGGGAUAUUGGCCUACCCCUGGAGGCAAAACCCAAGAAGAAAUGAACACAGAAGCCUCGAAAUCAGCCCCCCCUCCCCCCGCCCCACACCCCAACCCCACCCCACCCCAAGCCCCAUAUUUCCCUAUAACUGAAACCCGAACCCCUCUUUCCCACACCACCUCCUAGAACCCACAAAACCUCUCCUCAUCUCUCCCCCAUCCCUUCCUCUAACCUGGGCUGAUCUCACCUGUGUCCUGCCUGAGGACCUGGUGUUCACUGCUUUACAGGCUGCAUACUAACGUGUCAUAAUCAAAUGAAUGAUCGAAUGCAUUUUUCAACAUCACAAACUUGGGAAGUUCCGUGAAUUUCUUUUCACCUACGUCUGCUUAGGCUUUGGCAUGAUAAAUUCAACUUUUUGAUAGUGAUGUAAAAUCAUUUAAAGGGUGGAGUCUUUUUCAUGACCAAACAAUUUAGUUAGACUAACUUUAGUUCUGAGCAUGAUGUUAAGCCAAAAGUGCUUGAUUGCAUCUUUUUCACACACUUCAGACAGUGGGUGGAUGUCAUUACAGUGUUGAAAUGUUUUAAUGCUGUGCUUUGUUUUGAUCUAAAAAAUAAAGUUUGGCAAUUCAUGACA